AAACAAGACAUUUGGCUUGGAAACGUUAAUAUUAAUAUUAUUGACCCAUUAAACGGUUGCUGUGGUUGGAAUAGGGAACCUUCCCACUGUGACUUUGACAGGGUAUAAUCCACCAUGACCACCCCCAGCAGCAGCAGCACCACCAUAAUCAUCAAGACCACAACCCCACAACUCCAAGACCCAGUUUUAAAAAACCAAAAAUUUAAGAACAAAACCCAAAACUAAGUUAUACAAUAUACCAAUUCCAUUAAAAACAUUAAUUCUUCUUUACCAAAAAAACAAGGAAAUAUUUAUAUAUAUAUAUUCUUUGAUCUAUUGGCUUUGGAGAUGUAUUUGGGAGCUUCGUCAAGUCACCUCCUCAACUGGGUCCCCAUUCAAUUUAUCUGAAUGGUUUAAAAAGUUCAUCUUUUUCUGGGUUUUGGGUGCGAUCUUUUCAAGAGGGUUCUCAGCUCAUAUGUACUGGUUCAGGUCCCAAGCUUGAUUUAGGCAAUACUUGGCUUUUGGAAUUUUUUUUAUUCUGUGAAAGUAAUUAUUUGUGGUUGGGAAUGUGGAGGGACUCCGGAACUCCUGCCGACUCUUUCUACCAGGUCCGCCCCGAGUGCACCGAUGUUCCCAAAACCCGAUUCAAGAUCAAGGCUGGUAAAACACUAAGUUUGAGGAAAUGGCAGGCUGCAUUUACUCCAGAAGGGUAUCUGGAUAUUGGCAAGACUUUAAGCCGGAUCCAACGCGGGGGAGUCCAUCCAUCUAUUAGAGGAGAAGUGUGGGAAUUCUUACUUGGUUGCUAUGAUCCGAAGAGCACAUUUGAGGAAAGAGAGCAGUUACGUCAACGCCGAAGAGUGCAGUACUUAAGGUGGAAGGAAGAAUGUCUCCAAUUAUUUCCUGUUGUUGGAAGUGGUAGAUUUAUUACUGCCCCUGUAAUCACCGAAGAUGGUCAGCCCAUUCAAGAUCCUUUAGUAAUUCUUGAAUCAAAUCCAGGCAAGGGGCCUGUUUUCCCUUCUCAGGAAAAUGUCAGGGGUAAUUCAAAUGCUGCUAAUAAUCUGGAACCUGUGAAGGACAAGAAAGUAAUCCAGUGGAUGCUUACCCUACAUCAAAUAGGUCUUGAUGUGGUUCGCACUGACAGGAUGUUGGUGUUCUAUGAGAAGCAAGAUAAUCUAUCAAAACUUUGGGAUAUUCUUGCUGUUUAUGCCUGGAUAGAUACAGAUGUCGGCUAUUGCCAAGGAAUGAGUGAUCUUUGUUCCCCAAUGAUAAUGCUUCUCAAUGAUGAAGCUGAUGCAUUUUGGUGCUUUGAACGUCUGAUGCGCAGAUUGCGAGGAAAUUUCAGAUGCACAGAUAGCUCUGUUGGAGUGGAGACUCAACUUAGUAAUUUAGCUGCAAUUACUCAAGUUAUUGACCCGAAACUUCAUCAGCAUUUGGAAACACUUGGUGGAGGUGACUAUUUGUUUGCUUUUCGGAUGCUUAUGGUUUUAUUUCGGCGAGAGUUCUCUUUUUGUGAUUCAUUGUACCUGUGGGAGAUGAUGUGGGCUCUGGAAUACGAUCCGGACCUGUUCUCUUUGUAUGAAGAACCUGAGGGAGUUAGUGAAAGAGUUGAAGGAUCUAGAGGAAAACCAAAGUCAAUACGUCAGUGUGGGAAAUUUGAGAGGGAAAAUAUGAAAAAUAAGGCAAAUAAUUCAGAAGCUCCUCUCCCUAUCUCAAUUUUCCUUGUUGCUAGUGUCUUGAAGGAUAAGAGCACAAAGCUACUGCAAGAAGCUCGGGGUUUGGACGAUGUUGUUAAGAUAUUGAACGACAUGACUGGAAAUUUGGAUGCGAAAAAGGCAUGCACCGGUGCAAUGAAGCUUCACAAGAAAUAUCUAAAGAAGGCUAAGAAGACAUAACACCAGAAAAAUGGAGGUGAUUUUUUUGGAUUAUGAUUGAAGAGCUAAGCGUCAGAGGAACCGAUGAUUUCACACACUUUGAUUUGAUUUAAUUUUGGUAAGUUUGGAUUUUCACAUGAAUCUUGGCUCGGAGUUCACCAGUUUAGAAGGCUAUGUUCCUGUAGAACCAACUGCUGCAAAAUUAAUCUCCCAUGUAUUUGUAUAUCCGCAAUAUUCUUUGAAUACGACCUGUACAAAUCCUACUUUGUAUAUGGCCCCCACUGUUGUUGUUGUAACCAUUUCAUUAAACUAGCAACUAUAUACUUUAUAAACAAAAUAAAAAAUAUGAAUGAUUACUUGGGUCUUGCUCCCAUUAAAUGAAA